CCUUCCCACCGUUUCCAACUUUCUUUCAAACACGACACGACAACGAAAAUAUAAUAAGAGAGAAACUUAUGAGAAAGAAAGCCGUCAAUGAAAUCUCCUCCACGCUUUAAUUUGCAUAAUUCAAUUCCCGUCAGCCAUUGUUUCGCUAUAAUGCCCUCCACUUUUCUCCCCUCUUCAGCUUAAAUUCUUCUCCUUCUUCAUUCCUUAUUUGAUUUAAUACAAGGUUUUUGCAGUCUGGUUUCCAGGAUUAUCCCAAAGAAUGGUUCUGAUUAAGGAAUUUCGGAUUGUCUUGCCUUUAUCAUUGGAAGAGUAUGAGAGAGCCCAGAUGUAUAUAGUUAUGAAAAUGCAGCAACAGAACACUACAGGGGAUGAAGGUGUGGAGAUUCUGGAGAACAAAUCCUUUGAUGAUGAUGAAUAUGGUCAGGGGCAGUAUACUUCAAAAAUUUAUCGAUUUCACAGUAAAGUACCUUCUUGGUUAACUGCAUUUGCACCAUCAAAUGCCCUGGUGACACAAGAAGAAGCGUGGAAUGCGUAUCCAAUGUGUAAAUCAGUUCUAAAGUGUCCAUUCUUCUCAAAGUUGAGUCUAACUAUUGAAACUAUUCAUAAAGCUGACAAUGGGCAUUCUGAAAAUGUGCAUGGCCUGAGCAAAGAACAGCUCGCAGCCAGAGAGGUGGAAACCAUUGAUAUUGCCUCUACUGCAAGUGAUUAUUGGAGUUUCAUAGUUGGAAGAUGCAAUGUUGAUUUCUCCAAGUUCCGGUCUGCAAGAACUGGACGAGGCCCUCUAUUGGAGGGGUGGAAGGACAGUUGUUCUCCAGUUAUGACUGCUUACAAGUUGGUCACAGUAAACGUUCCGUACUGGGGAUUUGGACGCAAACUUGAACAAACUUUAAUGACGGCUGAAAGGGCGCUUUUCCUGGAAAGCCAUCGGAACUGUUUUGCUUGGAUUGAUGAAUGGAUUGGGUUGACAUUGGAGGUGAUGCACGAGCUAGAACAACAAAGCGAUUGCUCUUUAAACAAGAAACUAGGAACGCCUUGUUCAGUGGACAACAAUCGGACGGCGGCGCAAGAAGAAUCUCCAGAUGGUGAGAGGGCAUUAGCCUGAGAUCACAGUUCAAAUCCAUGGCUUGACGAUCAGCAGCACAUAUUAUCGCUCUGAAAAGUUGCUUAUUGUGGAAGUCAUAUUCAAUUGCCUGUAUCAGUAUUGUUGUAGUUUGUUAUUCUUUUAGGUGAUCUAUGGUUCAUAUGAAGGCUUGUAUAAAAUUAGGAAUUAUCAUUAUUUUGAAAAAAGU